CAAUGACUCCCGCUCCUCUUCCCGUUGUGCUUGUCGUCGGCUCUGGGGCAAGGGAGCACUCCAUCGCGGCUGCGCUCACCCGCCACUGCGCGGGUCGCACGCCCAAGCUCCUCUGCUUCGGCUCCGCCCGCAACCCCGGCAUCCAGGCGCUCUGCGCGGCGUACGAGGUGGGCAAGAUGGACGACUGCGCCCGAGUGGCCGACUUCGCGGCGAAGCACGGCGCGACGCUCGCCGUGAUCGGUCCCGAGGCGCCGCUCGACGCCGGCGUCGCCGACGCGCUGCGCGCCGUCGGCGUCGCGGUGGUCGGCCCCUCCAAGGCGCUCUCGGCGAUCGAGGGCUCCAAGGCCUUUGCGCUCAAGCUGCUGCACAAGCACGGCAUGGCGGGGCUGCCCGACUUUCGCGAGUUCACCGCGAUGGAGGGCGCGCGCGAGUACCUCGAGGAGCUGGGCGAGGGCAACUACGUGAUCAAGGCCGACGGCCUCUGCGGUGGCAAGGGCGUCAAGGUGGCCGGCGCGCACCUCGCGUCCAUCGACGAGGCGGUCGAGUACUGCCGCGAGUGCCUGCCGCACUUUGUGAUCUGCGAGAAGCUGGUCGGGCAGGAGUUCUCGCUGCUCUCGCUCUCGGACGGCGCCCACCUCGUGCACAUGCCGCCGCUGCAGGACCACAAGCGCGCAUACGAGGGCGACAAGGGGCCCAACACGGGCGGCAUGGGCUCCUACUCUUGCGCCGACCACCUGCUCCCCUUCCUCUCCGAUGCGGCGCUCGAGGCGGCCAAGAAGAUGCAGGCCGAGACGAUCGUCGCCCUCAAGGCCGAGACGGGCGAGCCCUACCGCGGCGUCCUCUACGGCGGGUACAUGCUUACCGCGCGCGGCACGUACCUCAUCGAGUACAACGCGCGCUUCGGCGACCCGGAGUGCCUCAACGUGCUCUCGCUGCUCGACCCGGCGGCCGACUUCCUCGGCGCGUGCGAGGCGGCCGCCGCGGGCAAGGGGCUCGCGCAGGUGUCGCUGCCGUUCCGCAGGCUCGCAUCGUGCUGCAAGUACGCCGUGCCCGAGGGCUACCCCAACCGGUCCGAAAAGGGCUUCGUCGUCGACCUGUCGGGGCUGCAGCGGCCGCACCUCGCCUACCUGGGCGCCGUCGACGCGGACCCGAAGAGCGGCUCGCUCAUCGCCACCGGCUCGCGCACCGUCGGCGUCGUCGGCGUCGCCGAGACGCUGGAGGAGGCGGAGGCGCUCGCCGAGGCCGAGGUGACGGCGAUCAAGGGCAAGCUCUUCCACCGGCGGGACGUGGGGACGGCGGCACUGGUCAACUCGCGCGUCGCGCAGAUGCUCUCCAUCCAGGCGCGCGGCGCGCGCGAGCAGCCGAUCUCCAUCGCCGUCCUCGGCUCCACCCGCGGCUCCUCCCUCCAGCCCGUGCUGCGCGCCCUCGCCUCGGGAGCGCUGCAGGGCGCGCGCAUCGCGCUCGUCGUCUCGAACAAGGAGGACGCGCCGAUCCUCGAGCGGGCGCGGCAGCACGGGAUCCGCGCGCUGCACGUGCCCGUGCAGGGCCGGUCCCGCGAGGCGUACGACGCGGCGGUGACCUCCGCACUCGAGGCUGCCGGCGUGCAGGCGGUGCUGCUGGUCGGAUACAUGCGCAUCCUCUCGGCGCAGUUUUGCGAGCGGUGGGCCAAGCGGUGCGUCAACAUCCACCCGUCGCUCCUGCCUGCCUUUGCCGGCGGCAUGGACUUGCAGGUGCACGAGGCGGUCCUCGCCGCGGGCGCCAAGGAGACGGGCUGCACCGUCCACUACGUCGAGGCGGAGGUUGACGCCGGCGCCCCGGUCGUGCAGCGCAAGUGCGCCGUCCAGCCGGACGACACGCCCCUCUCGCUCAAGGCGCGCGUGCAGGCGCUCGAGGGACCCGCGCUCUGCGACGCCCCGCUCGCAAAGGCGACCAACCGCGCCGGCGUGAUGGGGUCGAUCGGCGGGUUCGGUGGGCUCUUCGACACGCGCGCGGCGGGGUACAAGGACCCGGUCCUCGUUUCGGGCACCGACGGAGUCGGGACUAAGCUGAUCAUCGCUCAGGCCACCGGCAAGCACGGGUCCAUCGGCAUCGACCUGGUGGCGAUGGUGGUCAACGACCUGAUCGUGCAGGGCGCGGAGCCUCUCUUCUUCCUCGACUACUUCGCCUCGGGCGCCCUCGACGUCAAGUGCGCCGGCGAGGUCGUGGGCGGCAUCGCGCGCGGCUGUGCAGCGUGCGGCUGUGCGCUCGUCGGCGGCGAAACGGCCGAGAUGCCGGGCAUGUACGCGCCCGGUCACUACGACCUGGCCGGGUUCGCCGUCGGCGCCGUGGAGCGCGCUGACAUCUUGCCCCGCCUCGAAGAGAUCGCUCCCGGAGACGUGCUCAUCGGCCUCGGCUCGUCGGGCGUGCACUCGAACGGCUUCUCGCUCGUGCGGCGCGUCGUCGAGCGGUCCGGCCUCUCGUGGGACGCGCCGGCGCCCUUCGCUGCGGGAGCGACGCUCGCCGACGCGCUCCUUACGCCGACCAAGCUCUACGUCAAGAGUUGCCUCGCCGCCACGAGGACGCGCAAGGUCAAGGCGCUCGCGCACAUCACCGGCGGUGGCCUGCCCGAGAACCUGCCGCGCGUCCUCCCCGCGGGUGUCCGCGCCUCGGUCGACGCGACGGCGUGGACCCCGCCCGCCGUGUUUGGCUGGAUGGCGGGCGUCUCGCGCGCCCCCGUCGAGGAGCUUCUGCGCACCUUCAACUGCGGCGUCGGCAUGGUGCUCGUCGUCUCGCCGGCCGACGCGACGGCGCUGGUCGACAUCCUCCGCGCCGAGGGCGAGACGGCGGCCGUGAUUGGCAAGCUUGAGGCGCACACUGAGGGCGCCGGCCCGCAAGUGUCCGUCACGGGCACCGAGGCAUGGGGCUGGGCCUAGAAGGGGCAUCGCCCCACCCCCAAACGCGGCGGGGCCGAGCUCUCCCUCCGAUCUGGCCUCACCGUGCAUCCCAGCAUUGCCCCUCCGGUCCCCGCGGGCCGCUAGCUACCCACGCGCGUCCGAGAAGGGUCCGGCGCGGCGGCGGGAAGCGGUCACAUCUCCGCGGUUUCGCAGUCCCCCGGAGGAGCGCAAAAAGGGGGACACUUCACCUUCAACCUAUGCGCAAACCCCACUCCUCGGAUAUUUUUCUGACUUCCUUAAAAUGACGAACGCCGAUUC